AUGUGGUAUCAAUGUCAUAUCAAGGUGUUGAAUGUUGAGUUUGAAGGCAGACCAGCUGAUGAUUCUGACAUUGAUGGAAUUAAAGUACUCUUGAGGCAACUUAAAACAGCAAGCAAUAUUGCUGGUCGUGCAUUCCGACAUGCUGCUCCUCACGUUGGGAUUUCGCUUCCUCUAAAGAUUAGGAACUGUAGCUCUACACAGUCCUUCAAGUCAUCAUUAAAAACAUUUUAUUUUGAUAGUGCAUUUGUUUAUAAACGUCUGACAGAGUUGUUUCUCAUGGGAUCUGUUGACAGUUAUGAAUUAGCAAAAUUAUUGAUUUCUCAGAACUAUGUUGGCUCAGUCCUACAUCAAGUCCUGUCUCAAAGUGAUGAAGAGGAUGAAGAUGAUGAUGGUGACAUGAAUGAAGAUAGUGCUUUACCAGUUUUUGGAUUGUUAACAGUUAUCAACUUGACUGAAAAAAAUUCUUCAGAUGUCGUCAAAAAUUUAAAACUAUUUCUUCAAGAAAGAUGUAAAGAAAGUUCCUCAGCCAAUGUGUAUGAGGAAUUUGUGUCAAUUUUGAAUUCAAAGCAAGAGCAGAUCGGAUUCAUAAUAAAUGAAAGAAUCCUCGCUUCUUCUCAAUUAGCCGUGCCUAAUUUUGAAUCACUGUGGAAAGAUGUGGAGAAGGCGAACAAUAAGAACAUGAAGUACAACUUCACCAAGUACAUCAUGCUGACCCGGUCUUCCAAAAUGCUGUCCAAGAAGAAAAAUCAAACAGAGGAACCACUUGAAUUCUUGAAUCCCGAAGAUCAAAUAUUUCAUGAGCACAGUUUGUUGAGUUUCAGCUACACUCUAGAGGGCCAGCAUGACACGUUGAUUGACAUGAAGUCAUCUGAAAUUUUGAACCAGCAGCAAGAACCGUUGAGGACCAUCAUCGUUUUCGAAUCAUCAAAAAUACCAGCCAUAAUGAAUGAAAUGAAAACUUUAUGA